AACAAAAGCAAAAUUUAAGAGUUCUAACCUAAAAAUACACGAAAAAUAAACGCUUACACAUCAAAAUAUAAGUAUGACUACAAUUCAAGAACAAUUACAAAGGAAGCGCGUUCCUAUCGAUAUAUGGGAUACCAAAGAAAAAUUAUUGUUAGCAUCGGCUGUUGUACGUAGCGGUGAUCAAAAUUGGAUGUCGGUAAGCCGUUUAAUGAAAACUUUAGGUCACACAACUAGACCUAGUGAUUGGUAUUCACAAAAAAAUUGUGCUGCGCAAUACGGAUUAUUGUUGGAAAAUGUAGAGACUCCCAAACGUAAAAAACGUACAACUGGUACAGAAUCCGUAAUAGAAACUCCAAGUGAAAGUAUCCUCCGACGUUUGAAAGAAGAAAGAAUGCUAGAAUUGAAAAAAAUUAUGAAUGAAGAACGAAAAACGUAUCUAAAAUUAAAAGAAGAAAUUAACUUAGUGAAAAGUGGCCGGGCUGAUGAAAUGCAAUUACGUGAAAUGUGUUUACAAAUUGAACAAGAAAAUAAACAAAAAGAAAGGGAAGCACAAUUGUAUGCGGAUUGGUUGAAACAACGCGAAGAAAAGAAAAUAGAACUUGAAAGACAAUGGAGACCUAAAUUUUAUACACAAACUGGACAAAAACGAAAAAUUUCAGAAGUCGAAGGAGCUUUAGAAUCACCAAAAUUAGAACCUCCAUCAUCGGAAGAUAAUUCUCAGGAGACAAAUAAACCUGCCAUGUCUCCCUUACUUACAAGUUUACUCAAAUCACCGUCUCCAGCUCCAAAUGCGACUUCAUCGAUUUUACAUUCUGCGAUUACGAAUAAUAAUCAGCGUGGAGCAUCCCCAACCAUAGCCAGUUUAUUAAAUUCAACACCAGAAGUAUCUGUUUCACCAAGUCUACAACAACUUGUUAGUACGGCGAUUGGCCAAGAGCCAACUCCUUCGCCAAAUGUAACCGCAGUUCAACCUCCAAUUCAAAAUAUUGAAUCAGGGCUUAUUUCUGCAACUUUACCUCCAGGAUUAUUAUUACCUGAUCCUGCGAGUAUUAAAAAGGAAGAUGCUACUUUACCACCACCUUUAGCGAUUCCUUCUGAUAAUAUUGACGAAGAAAUGUCGUUAAUUGAAGAAGUUAUUAAAGAUGUUGAAGAAAAUGAAAGUAAAGAAUUAUUGGAACGUAAGGAAGAUACGACACUUUCUGAAACAGAUCAAAGUAAAAUUGGGGAUAUAAAAAACGAAUUGGAUAAAACUGUAAAAGAAAAUCAACAAGCGGGGGUUGCAAAUUUAUUAAAUGCUAUAACGCAACCUUUAGAAACGCCACCUGUAAAAAUUGAAGAACCUAAAGAACCAGAUACACAAGUCGAAGAAGCAAAAGUAGAAAAAUCAACCGACGAAACAAAUAUACAACAAGCAGCUAAAGUAUCUACGGCUCCCAGUACUCCGUCAAUUCGAGAAGUUUCCGUGGUUUUAGAAGAUAUUGAUUCAACGACUGUCACACCGAAUGUUGAAGUAAAAAAGGAAAUUGAAAUACCAGAAGAAUUUGAUAAAGAUAGUAGUUCAACUAGAGAUAGUGAGAUAAAAAUUGAAGAUCGUGAAGAAACAACAAAUGAAUCAACGGUAACUGAAUCAAUAUCUCAAAUAUCUAGCGAAGAUACAAACGAAGAGGUGAAAACUGAAGUUAAAAAAGAGACACAAAAAGAUGAAGAUAUCACAAAAGAAAUGAAAGAAGAAAAAAUAGAAACAGAAAUUCGAUCCACAACUCCAGUUAAGGAAGAUAUUACUGAUGAUUUACCAAAAUCAUCGUUAACUGACGAUUCAGACUUCGAUGAAUCAUCAACACCGUUAGUUAAAACCGAAAAAGUAAAACGUGAUUAUUCACGAAAUAAAAAGAAAGAAGAAAAAGAAAUUGAAUUUUUAUUAGGAGAAGAUAAACUAGAAAAUGACGAUGAUAAAGAUUUAUUAGAUGAUUUAGAAUCAUUAGACACGGACAAGAAAGAUAUGAAAAUGAAAAUAAAAAAUACAGAAGAUCGAUCUGAGAGUCCAUGGACUGAGGAAGAAGCAGAUAUAUCGUCAGUACGUACGAAACGUCGCUAUUCAACACCAGCUACCCCUAGCGAUUCAGUACCAAAUAGUCCAGCAUCGAGUUUGGCUGGAUUUGAAGAUGAUCGAGAGUAUCGUGCUUGGAAAAAAUCGGUUAUGCUUGUGUAUAACCGUAUGGCUACACAUAAAUACGCUUCGUUAUUUUUACGUCCAAUUACAGACGAACAAGCACCAGGAUAUCAUAACAUCAUACGCGAACCGAAGGACUUACAAUCGUUACGACGUAAUAUUGACAAUGGGCAAAUUAAAACAACUCAAGAAUUUAUACGAUAUAUUUUAUUAAUGCUCCAAAAUGCUCUUAUGUACAAUAAAACAAAUGAAUAUGUUUAUAAUAUGGCGAGAGAAAUGCAAAAUGAAUGCAUUGAGCAAAUUCAAAUUUUGGUACAAGCUCAAGCUCAAGUUGAAACACCAGCGCGAAGAGAGACACGAACAAGUGAACCAGGUAUUAUUAAACAUAAACCUGAUUUAUCAGUUUCGAAAAGUCGAAAACGAAAGAUAGAAUAAAUAUUUUUAUUUUUUUCACGUUCAUCAUUCCGAAAAUUAUUUCUGAGAAAAGAAGAUAAUCAUAAAAUUCUAAUUUUAAAUUGUUGACAUCCACCAACGAUUAUCGUGUGGUCAGAUUAUGAAUUUUUUCAUUUUUUUUUGUCUACAAUCUAAAUAAUUUCCAAUCCUCAUUUUACAAUUUUUGAAGUAAUUUCAAACCUUCAAAAGACGUUCAGUUGUAACAAAUAACGUAAUUUUAUUUCAUAAGAUAAACUAUAGGGAUUUAUUGUUCGAACUCGUCCUGAUAGAGUAAAAAUUGUAUGCAAUACGCGCGGUUUGAUUAGUUUAUGAAAUAUGUUACUUCGAUUCAUUUAACUGGUCGUGGUUUUAAAUGCGCCAUCGGAUUUUACAAAAAAAAUUGUAUAUUACACAUCUAGGAAGCAAAAGUAAAGAAUAUCUCAGAUCUUAUGUUCACUGUCGCCCGAGACGAAGGCGAGAUAUUCUUUACUUGCUCUCGUGGUGUGUAUACUAUUUUUCUGCUCGGUGCAGGCUAAAAGUACCUACUUCGUUUAGCAUAGCGGGACGAUAGAUGUCACUUUCCGCCCCGAGUUUUAUCAAUUAAUUGUGUCGUUUUGAACAAAAUUAAAUGUACCUUACAUUACCGAAAAACCAAUGUAAUCCAUUAUGUUAUGCCAGUGUACAAUAAUUUAUUUAUAUGAACUAUGUAAUAAA